GAAGUCAGCCAAUAUGACGAUGUAGAGUACUACCUUAAAAGAAAAUCGCAUAAAGGAUUUACUUCCUUAUUCUAGACAGACGUACCUUAAUACCUUUACUGCAGAUGCAGUUAGCGGUGGUUGCUUUUGUGCUUCUUAAAGGUAUUCUUGUGCAGUCACUUUGUCAAGACGGCUGUUGUGAGUCUGACCCAAGAUGUACAGAUUUUGAUUUUAUCAUGGUAGCCUGCCUCGAUUCCGCUCAAGCUGGUAUCUGUCCCGUGACCUGUAAAACAUGUUCCUCUUCCCAAACUACCACAGUUCCAUCCGUCACGUUACCAGUGACGACCUCAGCUCCCUGCCAAGACACAAAUCCCACAUGUUUUGAUUUUGAUUUCAUUAUGACUGGGUGCCGCGACCCGGAUCAAGCGCAGCUUUGCCCACAAAUGUGCGGGUUGUGUUCCGUUGUGUCAACCACAACUCUCUUACCCACCACAACAACACUUGUUUGUGAAGAGACGGACCCUCGCUGUGUAGAAUUUGACUUUCUAAUUACUGCGUGUCUCGAUAGCGAAAAAGCAAAGAUCUGUCCGAAAAUGUGUGGCUUGUGUUCACCGGAAGCAACGUCACAGACAAAUGUCCCAACAACAACAGCUCUGACAACGACACAAGGCACCACGACACUUUCCUCACAGUGUGUGGACACUGACCAGAGAUGUUUGGAAUUUGAAUUCAUUAUGUCUGUUUGUCUGGAUAAUCAACAAUCACAGACUUGUCCCAGAGCAUGUGGACUUUGUACUGACUUAACAACAACAUCAACAACACCACCAACCACACCGCCAACAACAACAACAGUAGCCCCUACAACCACCCUAACAUGUGUGGACACAGACCCACGAUGUUUAGAAUUUAAUUUCAUAAUCACAGCUUGUUUGGACCCGGUCCAAUCAAAACUCUGUCCACAAAUAUGUCAACUGUGCUGAAUUUUGGACUAUUACAAUUUUAAAGUUUCAGAUCGAAUUUGUUAAAGGGGUUAUUGUUUAAUUGCAUGUGUAAAUGUUUGUAGAAGCAAUCUGAUUCCAAAGGAGCUGAUGUAUGUACAUGUAUGAGAAAUUUUAACAUUUUCAGUUACUGAUUUUGUUUGGUUAUAAACUUUUGGAAUUAAAGAAAAAUAUGCUGUGA